UGAGUUAGAUUUGAACUUGUGUGAUGUAGAUUACAAACUUGAGGAAUUUAUAAUCCACGCAUUUCAAUUUCUGACUACUUUUCUGAAUAAAUAUCUCCAUUGCUAAAUGUCAAAUUGCAUUUAAAUGAGCCCAUUCACUUUCCAUGUAGCAUGCUAAUGUAGAAACUGAAUAUUGAAUGGAGCCAUUUGCAAAAAAUCACAUUCAUCUCAGGAAAUGAUGUUUAAAAACUAACAGUCACAAUGACCCAUCUGUCUGUUCUUGAUUGCAGGAAUUGAUUACUUAUCUGUUGCUGCCUAUAAUGAUCUGAUUCCUUCUCAUCUUGUUUUUCUAGAAGGCAGGGAAAUCAUUCUGGUGGAAGGCCUGAAACUCAAAGAUAUUCAACUAGGAAUAUAUAGUGUCCAUUGCUUACCUCUAAGGUUGCUUGGCGCUAAGGGCUCGCCUAUCAGAUGCAUCCUUAUCAAAUGACAUCGUCCUUGUAGAGGCUUUGAAAUGUGCAUUACCACUUGCAGCCUUGGUAAGAAUAUGGAGAAAUGAAGGUGUUACUGAUGAUAACAGUAUUACAUUUUUGCUUAUGUUGAUGCUCCGGGGUAUCAAAUAUUGAAGAACCUGAAUAUUAUCAGUACUGGUGUUUUAUACCGAAUCAUUCUUAAGAAGAAGUUAAGCGAGAUUCAAUGGGCUGCUUUCAUUCUAUUAUGUGCAGGGUGCACCACAGCACAACUUAAUUCUUCUUCUGAUAGAGUCCUUCAAACUCCUUUUCAAGGUUGGGUGAUGGCCAUUGUUAUGGCACUUCUAAGUGGUUUUGCAGGAGUUUACACAGAGGCUAUAAUUAAAAAACGCCCUUCGAGGAACAUAAAUGUGCAGAACUUUUGGUUAUACGUCUUUGGAAUGUGCUUCAAUGCUAUUGCAAUACUGAUUCAAGAUUUUGAUGCUGUCAUGAACAAGGGGUUCUUCUAUGGAUACUCAUUAAUUACAACUCUCAUGAUUCUUAAUCAUGCACUGAG